AUGGCGAACACGGUGGAGCUACCUGCUGGGCCCUCGGCACCUGUCUACAAACUCCCUCAGCGCGAUCUGCUUGACUUGGUGGCGACAAAUGAUGUCGCCACUUUGCUGAUUCUCGUGCGCGGCGACAACCCCUUCGACGUGAGCCCUGGCAUGGAGCUCAUUCGGUACAAAAUGUGCAUGAGGCACUUCGCUGAUAUGGUGCGCGCCGAGAAUGCAUACGUGGUGUCAAAUGCGGCCCCACAAGUUGACACUGCGCAAAUCCCGCGCAUACGCGAUGCGAGCGGCAACAGCGCCACACACGUGGCCGCUGGCCUUGGUUUCUCUUGCAUGGUCGAUAUUUUGGUCACUGAGUGUGGCUGUGCAGUGGACGAGUACAAUGCAAGUGGUCUCACGUCGUUGCACCUGGCAGCGCUGCACGGCCACGUUGACUGUGUUCGUUUGCUUCGCGACCUAGGCGCCGAUCCUCUGAAUCCCACUCACUGGAAUCCGCCCUCCUCAGCCGGGCGCAAUCGUGGUUUCUGUGGUCACACCACGCUGUUUCUCGCCCACUUCGAGCAUCAAGCGGCUGUUGUGGCCCUUCUCCUUCCCCUCUACCACGAGUUUAUCGCCACCACAUUUCGUGGCAAGACGACGACAGAGGUCUGGAGGACAGCUGCAGCGGGGCAGGACGUGAAGUCUCUGUCGCUGCUUCUGGACGUUUUGGAGUGCCAUGGUACCGUGAUUGACGUCCUUCCUGUUUCCAUCGACUUCGACGUGGAAGAUGCGCUGUGGGAGGUUCUUCCGACAGUUCUGGAGACGAUUCUACCCUCAAGUCGCCAAAUGACGCGCUGCCAGCUUUUCUUGUUCGAGCGUCUUGUCCACCUCGGCUACGUUGACGAAACCACGGUUGUAGGCUCUUCAAACACGGUACUUGAGCGUGUUCUGAGCACGGCGCAAGUACAAGCGUGGCGUGCGCUGGUAGAGCAGGGACUUGUACAGCCUCACAAGUGUACUAUCGAUGCGGUGCAUAGCAGCGAGCGAGGUGACGCAAGCGAAGCGGAGCUCUGCGCCUUGAUUGAGGAAGCGAAGGCAUACUUUAGCUACCAAGUCGCGAAGCGGUCCUAUGUUGAGAAGGGGGGCAGCCACAGUCGGCGAAGCACAUUGUUGAAUCGCCGAAGCGUGUGGAGGAAGUUGCAAAACGAUCUCAAGCAACUAUCGCUGUCCCCUGCGCGGUUCCCACAGUCGUAG